UUUGGCAGCUGCAGAAACGCAGACGGCGUGGAGUUCUACAACGAGAUCCACCUGUAUGCCAGGGUCAACUCCAAGGACUCGCGGGAGACACGCUCCGACCGCUCCAUCACGUGCUUUAUGAGGAAGUGGAAGGAGAAAGUGGCCUGGCCCCGCAUCACCAAGGAGAACAUCAAGCCAGCCUGGCUCUCCGUGGACUUUGACAACUGGCGAGACUGGGAAGGGGACGAGGAGCUGGAGAGGGCCAUGGUGGAGCAGUAUGCGGAGGACAGCAUCUCAUCACCGCCAUCGCAGAACAGAUGUUUGGAUUCAAGACAACUUCGUGGACAGCAUCUCAUCACCGCCAUCGCAGAACAGAUGUUUGGAUUCAAGACAACUUCGUGGGAGCUGGGCCGUCAGCGAAGUGUCAUUGAGCUGGACACCCCCUCCAUGACAGCGGAGCAGGUAGAGGCCCUGGAGAGGAGUGUGAAUGAGAAGAUCCGGGCGAGGGUGCCUGUGAUGGUGAGGGAGCUGGCUGCAGAUGACCCUGAAAUUGAAACGGUGAGAAGCCGUGGUUUGCCAGACGACCACGUGGGGCCGGUGCGAGUUGUUGACAUCGAAGGCAUAGACUCGAACAUGUGCUGUGGGACGCACGUCUCCAACCUGAGCGACUUGCAGGUCAUUAAACUGCUUGGCACAGAAAAAGGGAAAAAGAACAAAACCAACUUGGUUUUCCUGGCAGGAAACAGAGUGCUGAAGUCGAUCGAACAAAGUCACAGUACUGAGAAGGCUCUAACCUCAUUGCUCAAAAAUGGGCCGGGUGAGCAUGUAGAGGCUGUGAAGAGACUGCAGAGUUGUGUGAAACUGCUUCAGAAGAAUAACCUGAACCUGCUUAGAGACAUCGCUGUGUUGAUAGCCCGGGACUUCAAGAGCAAACCUGCUCGAAGUCAGUUGUUUGUGUUACACAGGAAAGAGGGUGAUUCUGAAUUUAUGAACAUCAUCGCUAACGAGAUUGGGACAGAGGAAACCCUGCUGUUCCUGACUGUGGGAGAUGAAAAAGAAGCAGGACUUUUUCUGCUAGCUGGACCUGUUGAAGAAGUUGAGAAUUUAGGUCCCAGGGUGGCGGAGCUGCUGGGAGGCAAAGGAGCUGGGAAGCGAGGCCGCUUUCAGGGCAAGGCAACCAAGAUGAGUCGGCGAGGAGAAGUGCAAGCUCUGCUCCAGGAAUUCAUCAGCCAUCGAAGCCCCGAAGCAUAAGAAAUAAUUCUCACAGCAGGGCUGUCUUUCCUGCGUUGCAUGUGCUCUGUUAACUUCUCUCCCGGAGAAUAAAGAC